GGAAAUACAAGGACGCAAACAGCAGUCGAAGAAGUGCGCGCACUCAGUACAGUAUUCGCCUCUCCCUCCCCCUUUCCUUCUAAGAAAAAUAAAAACCGUAGCAGCUUCGGAGUGUCCACGCACCGCUUCGAGUAGGAUAGCCCCCCUUUUUUCAUUUCCCGUAUAUCUAGUACCCUCCUUUUGACUUCUUUGUUGUCCCUCUUUCCACGUCAGCCAUGCGUCGUCUCGCUCCCAGCUCCGUGGUGUACGUGGCGCUGCAGGCCGCACGUGCGGUGCACAGCGUCGCCGUGCUGCAGAACGCCUCCCCGGCCACCGUUGCCGAGAAGUUGGGCAGCCCGGUGCCGAAGGAGGCGGUGGCAGCGGCGAAUAAGGUGCCCGCUGCCAUCCUGGAGAAGGCGUGCAACCCGCGUCUGGUGGCGUUCACCGAGAUGGACCUCGCCCGCGCUCGCUUCGCCCCCCUCAUCGCAUCCAUCACCGCGGGCAUGGACUUCAACCACGUGGAGCACCAGGUGGCCAGCAAGUUCAACGCUGAUAAGAGCAAGCUGAUGCCUGUCCCUGGCGCUCUCAAGAAGCUGCGCGAGACGCAGUGGAAAGACAUGGCCGCCGUCAUCACCUUCUACGAGGAGACGAUGUACCCGAUUCGCAUGAAGCACAACGAGUACAAGGACUAUGAGCUGACAAGCUUUCACAUUAAGGAUGUACUGAAGCGCGGCCUCACCGCCUUCAAGCAGGACUUCCUGGACCAGCAGAAGGCGGAGCUGACAAAAGUGAAGGCGAGUAUGAAGGCCUGCGACGACUUCGUCCACGCCGCCGUGGUGGACGCGCUGGACACGGCGAUCUGCAACGAUAUCGCCAAUAUUCUGCGCAUCGCCGGCGAGCAGCACCCCCACGCCCACCGCAUGGCGCUCAAAAUAUUAGACGACAUGAACAUGAUGAAAAUCCCGUACAACGCGGCGACGUGCGAGAUUCUGCAGGCUACCACCUUCAACGACGGACCCUUCGAUAACUCCCCGCUGCUGUUUGAGGUGAUCGAGUACCCGGAGCGUGGCGAGGUCACCAUCGGCGCGGGCUCGCUGGAGAGCAUCAGCGGCGAUAUUCUGAAGCUCAUUAGCAACCGCCACCAGACCCCACUGGACGACGGCGUGCUUCUGCGAUCGACGGAGACGCACCCGAACUUGCAGCGCUCGCCUGAGUAA